AUGAUGGUCCAUGGAACAAUCAAAGCUUCUCCACGCCGAUCAGACUACAAGGAAAGCCCAAGACAAUGGAUUGUGUUUGAAAAAAUGAACAACUUCAUAGUUGAAGGUGGUGGGACCAUCAAUGGAAAUGGAAGGCCAUGGUGGCGAAACUCCUGCAAAAUCAACAGAAGCCUCCCUUGCGUGGGUGCACCAACGGCUGUGACCUUCGACAAUUGCCUAAAUUUGAGAGUGGCCAACAUAAGGAUUAAAAAUGCACAACAAAUGCAUCUAACUUUUCAAGAUUGUGUGAAUGUUAAAGCUUCAAAUCUCAGAGUAAUCGCACCAGAGAAGAGUCCCAAUACUGAUGGAAUUCAUGUCACUGGAACCCAAAAUAUUCAGAUUAUGAGCUCUCUCAUCAGAACAGGUGAUGAUUGUAUUUCCAUUGUGAGUGGAUCUAAAAAUGUUCGAGCAACGGAUAUAAUAUGUGGACCAGGCCAUGGAAUCAGCAUUGGAAGCUUAGGAAAAAACAAGGCAGAGGAUGAGGUUUCAGAUGUGGUUGUGGACAGAGCAAGAAUUUCGGGGACCACAAAUGGAGUAAGGAUAAAGACUUGGCAGGGAGGAUCUGGAUACGCAAAGAACAUCAAAUUCCAAAACAUUAUCAUGCACAAUGUGACUAAUCCCAUAAUUAUAAAUCAGAACUAUUGUGAUCAGUCGGAAUCAUGCCCAGAACAGCCCUCAGCUGUGCAAGUAAAUAAUGUGGUGUACAAGAACAUCAGAGGAACCAGUGCUUCAGAGGUGGCUGUUAAACUUGACUGUAGCAAGACCUUCCCAUGUAAUGGCAUUGUGUUACAGAAUGUAAAUCUAGUCCGUGAAGGAGAGACAAAAGCAAAAGCUUCGUGCCAGAACGUCAGACUAGCAAGCACAGAGAGGGUCUCUCCACUUUGCCAAUGA